AUGGUUGCUUUAUCCCAUAUUGUCCAAAUCCGCCAUAUAGUCAAAGAUACUCCUAUCCCAGGACUGUCCAUCGAUUACGAAAACUGGGAACUGACUUGUGAUUGGCGGACGCUUUACACAUGCUUCUUUGGGGAGGAAAAAGUGUUCCAUGGCCACCUGAGUACGUGGGUCAAGGAGGAGGCUUGGGCUGCAGAUAUGCGACAGCAAAUGGCAUGGGGAGAGAUCAACAUGAUCGCGGUCUUGGACAAGGCAAUACAUUCUUUCGCCGAUGGAUUUGAGGACGCGAAGAGGGCCGCUCAGAGGGCUCGCAUUCGCCGACAGUAUAAGGAGAAAGGCUGGGAGGAGCCUGAUUUCGAGGAUGAGGGAGUGUUAGCUGACGAGAAGUCAAUUCUCAAGACACUGAAGGAUACGGAAUUUCACGCUGGUUUCGAUAAGAAGAUGCAUGGGAAGACGAAGAUGAGGAGGUUGGGGAAAUUGAAAUGGAGGACGAGGAGGCUCUUGACUAGCCCUUGA